AAUAUCGGAACGACAAACUCGCAAAUCGUACAUACAAGCCUAACCUAGCUACCCUAGCUGAGAAUACAACAAUCGUGCGACUUCCAAGGAUACUCACCAAAUUUCAGUCCUUCUUCCUAAGAAUUUUAUUUAUUCUCUAGACACCAAAAAAUACUAUCAACAAUGGGGACUAACCUUCCCUAUGCGAUCGAUGCGGAAACGCCUCUUCAACCGGCAGAACUCGCUGUUCUGCGGGCGCAAUACGACAAAGAGGGUGACAUGGUCGGUGUGCAGACCAAGUUCAACUAUGCUUGGGGCCUCGUCAAAUCCAGUACACGAUCCGACCAGCAGCUGGGCGUCAUGCUCCUCUCCGAAAUAUUCCGCACAUCCCCCGAACGCCGUCGCGAAUGCCUGUACUACCUCGCCCUGGGAAACUACAAGCUGGGAAACUACGCCGAGGCUAGACGGUACAACGACUUGCUGCUCGGCAAGGAGCCGACCAACCUCCAGGCCACGAAUCUGCGGUCCCUGAUCGACGACAAGGUCGCCAAGGAGGGACUUCUGGGUGCUGCCAUCAUUGGCGGUGUUGCCGUCGCUGCCAGUGUCGUCGGUGGAAUACUGAUCAGGAACAUGGGCAGGAAGAGGUAGUGUCUGGCUUUUUUGUUGGGGCAUACGUUGCUAACCCCCCUUCGAGGAUAGUGAGGCUUUUUAUUUUUUAUUUUUUUUAUUUUUUCGCAUGGCCAGAAGGUAUGCGAGUUGGUUGUAUGCACCGAGCGAAGACCUUG